CCCACGCCACCGCUAAAAGGGAGCGACGUCGUCGUCGUCUCGCCCGUCCCUCGCAUUUACCACUCUCCUCUUCUACUCUUCCUCCUCGAUACGAGCAGAGCAAAGCAACCACCUUCCUCCGUCCAACAGGAGAUCGGUUUCUACUCCCGUCGCUUUCCUCUACAUCUGCUUCCUCCGCUUUGCGCCUCUGCUCUCGUCGCUCUUCAUCUUCUUCCUCCUGCCGCCGGCGCCGCCCGCUGCCGCCGCUGCUGCUGGGAGGAUUCAGGAUUCAGCUCGAGGAGGGAGGGCGGCCGUCGGCGCGAUGGGAGGUUUGAGGAGGGAUAUUUGAGCUGACUUUCUGGGUGACCUUUUCGGAUGGUGGAGAUGGAGGAUGAGGAGAAGAGGAAGCCGCUGGUGGUUGGGCUCACGAGAAGGCACGUGAUACGGAGCUCACCUUCGUCCCCUGCCGCUGAUUCCCCUGCUGCUCUAGAUAGCAACAGAAACGAGAGCGAGGGUGGCGAUCACAUCGCCGAAUUCAGGCGUAAGAAGGGGAAAAAGCCUAAGGCGCCCCUGAAGUGGAGAUCAACCAACAGCGACAUGAACAACCGCAAUGGCGGGGAGACGGAACGUUCCGACAGAGACCGUGGCCAAGAUGAUACCAUCCUCUCCUCGCUGGCUGCAGCUGGUAGUAGCUUCAGCGGUCUGAUUAGCAGUAGGAAGACAGUGAGGACCCUCGGAAAGGUGGCUGAGGGCUGUGAUGCUGCGGACCCACCGGUUCCUAGGAAAUUAAGAUCAGCCAUAAAUAAGCGCACCGGUCGAAAUGCUUCUUCAUCACCGCGGCAUGCAAAGAAGAGACGCCAUCUUUCAGCUAUCAGCGCUCAGAUUUUUCUCAUGGAUCACGAAACAAGAACCAGUGAGACCACGACAUCAAACUCCUUCACACAGGAGGAGGAAGUGCUUGCUGAUACUUUGCUUGCACUGUCCCAAAACCCCCAUGUUUGUGAGGCAACUGCAGCAGAAAUGAGAACGGGAGAAGAUAUCUCAAGCGUAAAUAUUGCCUCGACAUCUUGCUCAGAAGGAGCUAUGAAGGAGGAUAAGAAAUUGAUAGUAUCGCCAACUGAUGAUGACGAAGCUAUUAUUCGGCCUGCCCCCGUAGAUCAACAAGUGGAAGAAAAUGGCAGUGUUCCACAAAAAAAUCCUGAUUUAAAUGCUCCCCACAACAGCAUAAUUCUACAUUUUUCAAAAGAUGGGCAAAUACAGGACCUUUCUUUGGGGCUUGACACGAUUUUGUCAAGUCCAUCUACAGUCUCCUCCAAUAACAGUGCCCGGAAGCAGCCGAAACUACAAUUUAAUGGUAGUCUAAGUCUUGCUAAUCCGACAAAGUCUGAGGCUCCUCACUGGCUGGUGAAAUGCAGUAAACCUGGUUUUGCGGUACAUGAUGGGACAAAAGAUGAUAAUAACAGUGUCCAAGAAGUUAUGCCUCCGGUCCGGACUCCGCUACCUUGUACGUCGAAAGCAUAUUCCACAAAUCUCUCUUCAAGCACGUCAGGGGCACUAUCAAAACCUGCCACCGAAACUUCUAAAGCUAUUGCAAGUGAAAAUAAUCCAAAGCUUUCCCUUUCUAAAACUGGUGAACCAACAAAGACAUGGAAAAAAAGUAUUACUCAUGUCUAUGUGAGUCAUCUCAUCCAAGCGCAUUUAGACAAAGAAAAGGCGUCACAAAACCUAGUAAAACCCGAAGAAAGUUCACGCAGCUGCAUGUUGACGACGUCAAGCAGCUCCACCAUGAAUAAGAACAAGGCGCAUUUUGAUGCAAGACACCCGGUUCAGCAAUCUCUUGGGUUUCGCGAUGUGGCUGCUGGUCGGCAGAAAAUGGUUGGUAGUAAUAAUCUCAACAUGGCCACUUCAGCGGGAUUCUCAGGGGCACAGUAUGUUCAGUAUCUACAUCAUCCCCAGAUGAUCGUCCACCGCGGUCCGACGCCGUAUCCGUAUCCACAUCAUCUCCCUUGUAGCAGAGGGAACAUAGCGCCUACAUUGACAGUUCAGCAGCAGAUGCAGCAGUACAUGUGCAACCCGGGCUACGCACCCCACCCCGGCCAGCAGGCGAUCCCUUCUACCAUGAAGCUCCAGCAGUUCGCGCCAACUCCGCAGCAGGAGCAGCAGAUGUGGCAGUUCCAUUUCGCCCAGUAUCACCAACCAAGGCCAGCAGAAGGUGGCGUGCCGGUGUCGUGGCAGAACAGCAGGCUCCAGGACAUAUCAUCCUCCUCCCAGCGACCGAUGCUGGCGCCCCGUCCUCCCCCAGCCAUGAUGCCGCCGCCACAGGUGGAGCUCCUCUGCGCACCAUACCAGGGUGGCGGCGGUGGCAGACGACCGCCGCAGCUCAGGCUGAUCUAGUGCAAUUAACUGGCAAAAGUGCUAUGAAAAAUGAAACAAAACCAAAUUUCCUGGCGUCUGAUGACAAAGGAUGGUUCUGAAAAUAUUACAAGGGGUGAGUGAGUGAGUGGGUGGCUAAUUUAAAGCCGUUUAAUACUGAAUGGGUGGCUAUCGGAGUAAAGGGAACAAACAAAAGUGUGAUUAGUAUAAUUUGCAGCGCAGCUGCAUUAUUCAUUAGCCUUUCUGAAUUUUCGGUA